AUGGAUGUUUUGCAUAUUUGCGACUCAGAUCCUGAACUUUUUGAUAGAAAUUCCACGACUCAGUUACUGGUCAUUCAAUGGCUUUCGACAAUGGCUGGAUUGUAUAAUCUGUUUGUUCACCCAUUCCUUUGCCUUUUGAUAUGCCCUCUUGGUGUUCUAGCUAAUUUUGUUCAUAUCUUGGUGCUAACUAGAAGGAAAAUGAGACGAUGUGCUAUUAAUAAUUGCUUGAUAGGAAUUGCUAUAUGUGAUAUAUGCACAAUGACAAGUUACCUUGUCUAUAUAUUACGUUUUGAAAUAUGGACUCGAAUUACGAGUAUUAAAACAAUCAGUUAUUUUUGGGCUACUUACUUACACUUUCAUGCCACUAGUUCAAUUUGCUUGCAUACAAUUGCCUUAUACAUGUCAGUUACAAUGGCACUUAUUCGAUGGCGUGUAAUGAGCCAACCAUUUUCUAAAGUUGUUGUUCAGCCAAUUUUAUCUUGGUAUUUUAUAAUUUGCUUAAUCUUUAGCAGACAUUAA